UCGCGUUCGCCGACAUGACGCUCACUUAAUUUUUGGUCCAUACAUUCAACUAACUUUCGCUUUUCCACAGUAGUGUAGUACGCGCUUUUCGUUUGACCGGCCACAACAGACUACGCAAGGAUGACCUCGACCGGCUUCACAAUCGAAUCUCCGAAGGGAGGACCGGUGUCGCAACUCGCAAACGCCGCCAUAUCAUCACCGUUCAACAACAGAUUCGAUCCGCAAUUUGGUACGGAUGAUGAUGCCUUACUGUACUGAGAAAUAUCAACAUUGCGCUAGAAAUCCAAAUCGAAGUCCUUUUUUCCCCUGUUCCAGAGUUAUUUACCCUGCAAUGCCUGAUUCGUCGUACGUUGCACAAUAUGCAGUUGUCAGUUGUAUGCUAGAGUUUCUGCAAAGAGCUAAAGAUUCCAAAAAUUUCUCCAGGUCGCCGUCCGACGGCGCCGCAGCAGAACUUGUUUUCAAAUGAGCGGUAUGGGAUUCCAGAUGCGUCGACCGAGUUUCAGCUGAAUAGGGGCAACUACUACGCUACACACGGAGGCGCGGCGGGGCUAUCGGACUACAGUAACGCGAAUCUUUCGCCGUUUGGCGCACCUAGCUACUUCCCGCCUGGUACUAUGAUAGGAGCAGCAGGAGGUCCUCCCGCCCACCCGUUUGGCUCGCCCGCUGCGGGAGCUUCCAUUUUUGGGUCCUCGCUGGGACCCAUGACCACUAACCCUUUCGGCGCGUCACCCACUGCCAUGGCUGUGGGAUCCUUUGGCGUGCAGCAGCCCACGUGGAACAGCGUGCAGUUCAGCGCCCAGCCCAUCAACCCCACGAACUGGAGUGUGGCUCAGGUGUUCGGCCACCACAGCGGGUUCGCGCAGGCUCUGAACAGCGCAGCCAUGACAAAGAACGAUCUGGACAACCGCGAAAUGGUCGCACUGGAGAUCCUAUCAAAUGUAAAAAUGUCUGGGUCUGGAAGAAUGCAACUUGUAAUGCGUAUUUCAGAACACAGAAAAGUCUCUGAUGCAUACGUAGCAAGAGCUCCCACUUUUUGUCAGCAAAAUAGGGGACUUGUCAUGCGGAUUCGGCAUUGCGGAAGGUUCUCGAAACCUGUGAUGCUAGAGCUUCCAUGCCAGACCUUCUGUGUCAUGCAAAAACAGCAUGACUCUUCCAGACCCAGACAUUUUUACAUUUGAUAGAUCCACCACCGCCGACUGAAUCGCAUCGAGGACGUAGUGGACGCCUUGGCGCAGGAAACUUCCGCUGUCGUAGUGGACCAUGAGCAGAGGCUGCGAAAGAUCGAGGGCUUCUUGUCGGACCAAAUCAGCCGCAUGGCCACCGGAAGGGCCAAUGUCAUGUCGGAGCGGUGA